AUGCUCAGUAAAGGAGUUCAACUAGGACUUGCUACAGUGAUACUAUGGCUUCACUUUUAUCCAUUUCAUGCGGUAAUAUUUGUAUGUGGGGCUGUUUUUGCAAUUGUUGCGUGCUUUAUAGUUCUGAUUAGUGUACCGUCUGCUCAGUUCAACAAUAGGCCGAAUCCAAAACGGAAAUUCCGAUUCUUAAGUUAUCCUGAAUGGGAAAGAAGGACUGAGUCUCUCAAAGCCAAUUUCCAUGACGAUUGUCCAACUAUAGUGGAUUCGAAGAAAUUGUCCGCUUCAAUAUCGGAGCUCUUGGACAUUAUCAUCAAUGAGUUUAUUAAUUCAUGGUUUUCCCAAAUCAGUUCAUCACCAUUGUUUGCACAAGAUGUCAAGGUAGAGCUCUCGCAUGUGUCAAAAUGUAUUGCGCGAAAGCUUCAAAAGAUUGACUAUGCAAAACUCGUUACUUUCAAGCUUUUACCGUUGUUCAACAACCACUAUCUUACCUACGCUUCUGCACAUACCAAUAUGGAUGGUACUGCAGAAAUUUUGGCGCGUUUUAAUAAUGGAAAUUUGCAUGUGGGCGUUACACUAGAGCAAUCCGAAAAGAAGGAGAAGAAUAUUCAGGAAAAGACAUAUUUAAGGGGUCAAAUUAAAAAAUUACUAACUAAAACAUUUUCAGAUGGCGAAAAGUCAAACGAUAUUGUGUUGAUGUUUGUCACCGAGGUAUUAGCUUGCACUAUUUUGGAUAAUGUGUUCAACCUACUAACAGAUCCCGAUUUCCUAAAUUUGCAGUUUAUUAAGUUUAUUGGUGAUAGUUUAAAGCGAAGGAAUCAGGUGAAAGAGCUUCGUUCUGCUUUGGAGGAACACACUAUGUCGUCAAUUUCUGCAGAUAAUAAUGUUGCAGAUCGAACUAUCCAUGAAAUUGAAAGUAGUUUGCAGGACAUUUUUAUACAAGACGACACCAAAGAAAGGACUGUUAUUCAGCUAGACAAUGAGAAAAAACAGUCUGCCAAAUCAGAUAGGCUAGUUGCUUUGCUUAAGUCUCCAGUCGAACUGACAGCAUUUGAACAGUACCUAAAAUGGAAAAAUAAGUUGUACUUAUUAACAUUCUGGAGAAAAGUAGAACAAUCGACGGCCCCAUUGAUGGAUGAUGUACAAAUGCCAACGUCUUUGAGUCUCACCAAAGAGGAGUGUAUUGAUAUAAGAGAGGAAUAUUUUAGUUCUGGUCUCAUCAGUAUUGAUGACACAAAUUUGGAAAAUUUUGGUCGCUUGGAUGCAAAUGAGUCUUUUCAACACCCAUCCUGUUUUCAAGUUUGCAAAGAUGCCUUAAUAACGCUACAUGAGAAAGUUUUCCAAGAUUUGUUUUCUGAGUAUUAUUUCAACUUCUUGUUGACAGAAGUUGACAGCUAUGAGGGGAAGAAGGAUGUGGGUGAGAAUGAAGCCAUUGUUCAUCAGAUUGAAGAUAAGUUCGCUACCAUAAUGAGUGAUCCAAAAUACGACGUAGCCAAGGGUUACUCUGACGGGUUUCAAGGUAAAAGUCCUGCUACGGGAAUCAACGAGAGAUCAAUGCUUAGCCGAAAUGAUCGAUAUUCAAGACUCUUUGAGGAUGAUGAACCAUCAUCUGAGGACGACGAUGAGUCGGAUGAAUUAGAUACUGACAGUGACUCAAUUAUUAUGAAGGAAGGUAGCGAAAGUAUGGAGUUGGCCGGUCCAGGUAACCUACACUUAGCUGAGAAAAUACCUCAAAUUGAGAAGGAAAUUGAAAAUCUUAAACGACAACUAAUUUACCUAGAGCCUCUAUUACAAAAAGCUCAAUUGACAAAUAACCAAUCAAAAUUGAAAGUGCUACUCAAGUCGAAGACUGGUGUUCAAAAGGAUAUAGCUUUUAAGGAGUUGCAGAAACAACAGUAUAUUGUGCAAGAGAGUGACAACAGUUUGUUUGGAAAAUCGAAGGUUAGUAUUCUUUCGGUAGUGCAUGAGAAUGAGAAGGGAAAACAAUUUGUCAUGUACAUCAUUGAAGUUCAAAAGUUUUCAACUGAAGAACCAAACGUUGUUAAAGCUGGUUGGGUUGUUGCAAGGAGAUACAGUCAGUUUCACAGAUUACAUGGAUAUUUGAAGCACCGGUAUCCUCAAGUUUCGUCCUUAAAUUUCCCACAAAAAUCGAUCCUGGUUUUGAAGUUUCAACAAAAGAAUAUAACGGAGAGUCGAAGACACCAGCUUGAGGCUUAUUUGGGAGCGCUUAUUGAGAUCCCAGAGGUUUGUUCAGACAUGGCUUUUAGAUCUUUUUUAUCCUCGGAAAAUUUUCAAUUAGGAAAGCGUCAAAGUUUUGACGAGCCAAAGAAAUUGUCAGCAUUGUUUGGUUACAAGUGGUAUUUGGGGUCACCCAGCAAUAGGAAUAUGGUCUACAACCAGUGCUCAUCUACGCCUUCUGAUGCUAAUGGUGGGAUCUUGGAAAAUAGGCGUGAAAUGGAAAAGGAAUUACGUCAAUUUGAUGAAAGACUGACCGGUAAACCAUUAUUUAUCAAACCUAUAUGUGAUAUGAUAAUUACCAUAUUCAAUCUCCACUGGCUUAAAGGUAGAGCAUUGGUCGUUAUUCUUCAACAGUUCUUCGGAACUGCCGUUGAAAACAAAGUGUACGAAGUUGUUGAAACUCAUUUGAAUGAACCCAGUAUUUGUAAUUGGUUGAUCGUAUUGCGUGAGUUGUUGUUCCCUAAUGGUCGGUUUAAGUUGGACCCGGAGGUAAGAACCAAACAACAAAAGUUACAAGCUUACCAAGAAGCCAAACAGUUUUUUGAGACGUUUAUGACCGAAACUUGGUCUAAGAUAUUUGGUAGUGAAAACACCAUUAAUGCUGCGAUUACAUUAUUUCACAUGCUACAGGUAAAUCAAUUGAACAAGCAUCUCAUGUUUCAAAUUUUUGAUGAAAUUUUAGAUGAACUAUGUAGCGAAUAA